AUGUUUUCUUUAAUUUCUCGCCUUAAAAAACAGAAAGAAGAAGAAAAAGAAAAACACAAGCAAAAUGAGGAAACUGCAAAAAUUUAUGCCGAAUAUGUCAAAUCAUUUGAUGGAAGCCCAUCUACAACGGCUCCUAUGUUUAUAAAGAGCAAUUUAUACGAUCCUUCUACUAGAGCUGCUGAUCAUUCAGUCAAAGAAGCUUUUUCAUUCGACUCAGAGAAUAAUAACCAUACAUCUUAUAAUCAAGCUGGUGAUCCAUCUACAACAUAUCUAUCGCAAAUUGAGAAAAAGGACGUUGAAACAUUUAAAAAAAAAAAACCUGGGAAAAUCCGUGAGAUCGAUUCAUUCAUUGAAGAAAUAAAAGAAAAACAACGUAUUUUGGACCAAAACAAAGAAUUGAAUAAGCAAUACUUUCGUGCCUUUGAGAAUGAAAAAUAUAUGGUCAACAAAAACGUUUCAACUGCAAACGUAUUGGAAUAUUUGAACUUUGAAACAUUUAAAUUCACAGAUUUUAAGCGAUGCAAAUACUGA